AUGGUGCUGGGGGCCAUCUUGGCACGAGGGAAGGAUGUGUGCCGGCGCAAUGGGCUGCUCAUCCUGUCGGUGCUGUCUGUCAUCGUGGGCUGCCUCCUCGGCUUCUUCCUGCGGACCCGGCGCCUCUCACCCCAGGAAAUUAGUUACCUGCAGUUCCCUGGGGAGCUCUUGAUGAGGAUGUUGAAGAUGCUGAUCCUGCCACUGGUGGUGUCCAGCUUAAUGUCAGGCCUCGCUUCUCUGGAUGCCAAGACUUCCAGCCGCCUGGGAAUCCUGACCGUGGCUUACUACCUGUGGACUACCUUCCUGGCCGUCGUCGUGGGCAUCGUCAUGGUGUCCAUCAUCCAUCCUGGGGGUGCAGCCCAGAAGGAGACCACAGAGCAGAGCGGGAAGCCGGUCAUGAGCUCGGCCGAUGCCCUGCUGGACCUCAUCCGAAACAUGUUUCCGGCCAACCUGGUGGAAGCCACAUUCAAGCAGUACCGCACCAAGACCACCCCGGUUGUCAAGUCCCCCAGAGUGGCCCCGGAGGAGGCCCCUGCUAGGCGGAUCCUCAUCUACGGGGUCCAGGAAGAGAACGGCUCCCACGUGCAGAACUUCGCCCUGGACUUGACCCCACCGCCUGAGGUGGUCUACAAGUCAGAGCCUGGCACCAGCGAUGGCAUGAACGUGCUGGGCAUCGUCAUCUUCUCGGCUACUAUGGGAAUCAUGCUGGGCCGCAUGGGUGACAGCGGGGUCCCCCUGGUCAGCUUCUGCCAGUGCCUCAACGAGUCUGUCAUGAAGAUCGUGGCCGUGGCUGGGUGGUACUUCCCCUUUGGCAUCGUGUUCCUCAUCGCGGGCAAGAUCCUGGAGAUGGACGACCCCAAGGCCGUGGGCAAGAAGCUGGGCUUCUACGCCGUGACGGUGGUGUGCGGGCUUGUGGUGCACGGGCUCUUCAUCCUGCCCCUGCUCUACUUCCUCGUCACCAGGAAGAACCCCAUCGUCUUCAUCCGCGGGAUCCUGCAAGCCCUUCUCAUCGCGCUGGCCACCUCCUCCAGCUCAGCCACACUGCCCAUCACCUUCAAGUGCCUGCUGGAGAACAAUCACAUUGACCGGCGCGUCGCUCGCUUCGUGCUGCCUGUGGGUGCCACCAUCAACAUGGACGGCACUGCGCUUUAUGAGGCUGUAGCCGCCAUCUUCAUAGCCCAGGUCAACAACUACGAGCUGGACUUUGGACAGAUCAUCACCAUCAGCAUCACAGCCACAGCGGCCAGCAUCGGAGCAGCUGGCAUCCCCCAGGCCGGGCUCGUCACCAUGGUCAUCGUACUGACCUCUGUGGGACUGCCCACCGAUGACAUUAACCUCAUCAUUGCCGUUGACUGGGCUCUGGACCGCUUCCGCACCAUGAUCAAUGUGCUGGGUGAUGCGCUGGCCGCGGGAAUCAUGGCUCACAUCUGCCGCAAGGACUUCGCUCAGGACCCAGGCACUGAGAAACCGGGCCCCCAUGAGACCAAGCCAGUGAGCCUCCAGGAAAUCGUGGCAACACAGCAGAAUGGCUGCGUCAAGAGUGUGGCCGAGGCCUCGGAGCUGACCCUUGGCCCUGCCUGCCCCCACCACGUGCCUGUACAGGUGGAACAGGACAAGGAGCCAGCCACCACCAGCUUGGACCACUGCACCAUUGAGAUCAGCGAGCUCGAAACCAACGUCUGAGCCUUUAGGGCUGCAGGGGCCCAAAGAAGCCUCUGGGUUAGGGACCAGGAGUCAAGGGCAAGGUGCAUCAGCUCAGAGACUUUCCUGAGCAGCCAUUCACGUGGGCCUGCAAGUGCACCAGUGGAGGGUUAUACCACCAUUUAAUGGAUAACUGAGUCAAGGCUCUGAGAGUUGGACACAUUUGCCUAAGGUCUGGAUGUAAAGGCCAAGUCCCAGCCACUCUGUUCUGAAGGACAGGGCAAUCUGCGGGGCUGAGUCCACAGUCUGCAACACCACCGACUCAGGAAGGCUUCACUGCACCCCAGCUGCAUCCAGGCCCCACCCCACGACAUGUGGCCUCCGCCAAGCCACUCUCUCUCCAGGAUGGGCCCAGCCCAGCUGGAACCCGCUGCCUUCCAUGUGCCACAGCCUACCCUGGCUCCUUUUGUACCCACUAGCUCUCACAAGCUCAUUUGGUGUGGAGACUGAAAUCUGCCCA